AGACAGAGGAGCAGCUCCGCUUUAGAGGAGGAGACAGAAGGAGGCCCGACGAGGAGGUGAGGGGACGAGUUUCAGAGAAGUGUCCGGAUACAGAGAACAUAGAGGAGGAGGGAAGACACCUGCACAGACACACACAGACAGACACAGACAGACACACACAGUCAAAGCCAUGGUGAAGAUCAGCUUCCAGUCUGUCUCGGGACAGAAAGUGGAGAAGGACGAUGGCGACAAGACCGAAAUCCUCAUCCCUCAUCCGAUGGAUGAAGAAGAGCUGGUCCUGCCGCUGCGUCCCAAGAAGUCUCUCCUCAACGGCCUGUGCUGCCUGACGUUCGGCCUGGUUGUGUUCAUGGCCGGUCUGGUCCUUGCCUCAAUUUAUGUCUAUCGCUACUACUUUAUACCUCAUAUCCCUGAGGAGAACCUGUUCCACUGCCGGGUGCUGUAUGAAGACUCAGUGUACGCCCCGCUGCGUGGGCGUCAGGAGCUGGAGGAAAAUGUCGGCAUCUACUUGGCCGACAACUAUGAGAAGAUCACUGUGCCCGUGCCUCACUUUGGAGGCAGUGACCCUGCUGACAUAAUCCACGACUUCCACAGAGGACUGACCGCCUACCAUGACAUUGCUCUGGACAAGUGCUAUGUAAUUGAGCUCAACACCACCAUCGUGAUGCCUCCACGCAACCUUUGGGAGCUUCUCAUUAAUGUCAAGAAGGGAACAUACUUGCCUCAGACCUACAUCAUCCAUGAGGACAUGGUGGUGACUGGCAAAGUGCAUAACAUGCGUCAGCUGGGACCUUUCAUUUACCGCCUGUGCAACGGGAAGGACACAUACCGCCUGAACCGUCGUGUCACGCGCAGACGCAUCAACAAGCGUGAGGCGAAGGAUUGCCACCACAUCCGUCACUUUGAGAAUACAUUUGUGGUGGAGACUGUUAUCUGCGAUGAAGCGUAAACACAACGGUUUAUCCAUGUCAUACCCCCCCCACCCACCUAAAGGCACAUCUCCAGUCACUACCGCAGCCACUGUAGCACUCUCCCGUGGAUCAGAUCAUGUCUGAGUUGCACUUUACUCGUAUUUCCUUCUUACUUUCUUUUGUAUUUCUUAUUUAAAGAUUUUUCUUUUGAUUUCACAGCCUAUCAUGUUGUUUUUUUAAAUUUCACAUAGGUAAUAUUUACCCUGAAGUGUGAUGCAAUACUUAAUUGAUGGUUCUAUCACAGGAUUUUCCAUGUAGCAAAGUCCUUAAGCCAAUCAUGACUCAUGAUUUCAAGAUCUCUCCUCUUGCUCCUCUGGGAUUUCUAUGAUGGUUACUGUCGUGGGGGGAGGUGACUGUUUUUUUGUUUUGCUCCAGCUCUGGAGGUUAAUUUGUGUCUUAGUUGCGCUAACAUCUACACAAAGCAUGUAUCCAUGCUUUCCUGAGCAAACAUUUUCCAUAGAUUUGAAUCUUUUCUUUCCUGUUCUCAGUCAUGUAAACAUGAAACUGCUGAUGACUAGUUGCUUGCUUGCAUCUUAAUUCUCAUGCCUGUUGCUUCCUUUCUUUCUUUUUUCUCUUCUUCCUUCAAAGCAUCAGUAGUAGUAGAGUUGCACUGGGCAUUAGGCUGAAUUCACUUUUAUAAUCUAUCACUGAAUCUAUCACUGAAUUUGAAUUGAAACUGCUAAAGACCAUUAUUUAUCUUUUGCUCUCAUUUAUCAUUAGCUUUUCACUGAUUGUGCUUUUUGUUUUGCACUUCAAAAGCUCCUUAUCAUUGCAGUAGUGAAUAAUUUUACUACUAAUGUCUUUGUUUUUCCUUGCAUGUGUUAAUCUAUUAGAGAAAAACUGUUAAAAUGUUUUGUAAACCAACGUUUAAAGCCUUAGACCAGAGUCAGAGACUGGACUAAAGUCAACGCUACUGAAAGGGAGCUUAUAAUAUAUGUUAGUUAAACAAAACCAACUCUGAUCUGUAUAUUUUGUCUGUUAAGGAAAUAUGUCUGUGAAUAAAGUAGUGAAAAGA